GCAGGAGUACACAGCUGGCCGGCAGCUGCUCACACGGUUGGAUCAUACAGCAAGGCGGGCCUGCUUGCGCUGCCACUGUCUCCACUGCUGUGGCUGGAGGACAGACAGGGUCUUGAACUGCAGGUCCGUUGAAUAGCACGGCGUCAAAAUGGCUGAGCGCUUUGAUUGCCACCAUUGCAACGAGUCUCUCUUUGGCAAGAAAUACAUCCUGAGGGAGGAGAGCCCCUUCUGUGUGGCAUGCUUCGAGGACCUGUAUGCCAACACCUGUGAGGAGUGCGGGAAGCCCAUUGGCUGCGACUGCAAGGACUUGUCCUACAAGGACCGCCACUGGCACGAGGCCUGCUUCCACUGCUCGCAGUGUAGGAGCUCGCUGGUGGACAAGCCCUUCGCAGCCAAGGAAGAACAGCUGCUCUGCACCGAGUGCUAUUCCAACGAGUACUCGUCCAAGUGCCAGGAAUGCAAGAAGACCAUCAUGCCAGGAACCCGCAAGAUGGAAUACAAGGGCAGCAGCUGGCAUGAGACCUGCUUCACCUGCCACCGCUGCCAGCAGCCCAUUGGAACCAAGAGUUUCAUCCCCAAAGAUAACCAGAACUUCUGCGUGCCCUGCUAUGAGAAGCAGUACGCCCUGCAGUGUGUCCAGUGCAAGAAGCCCAUCACCACGGGAGGGGUCACUUACCGUGAGCAGCCCUGGCACCGGGAGUGCUUUGUGUGCACCGCCUGCAAGAAGCAGCUGUCGGGCCAGCGCUUCACGGCCCGGGACGACUUCGCCUACUGCCUGAGCUGCUUCUGUGACUUGUACGCCAAGAAGUGUGCGGGCUGCACCAACCCCAUCAGUGGAAUCGGUGGCACAAAGUACAUCUCCUUCGAGGAACGGCAGUGGCACAACGACUGCUUCAACUGCAAGAAGUGCUCCCUGUCCCUGGUGGGCCGAGGCUUCCUCACCGAGAGGGAUGACAUCCUGUGUCCCGACUGCGGCAAGGACAUCUGAAGGCUGCACGGCCCGGUGGCUGUGUGGCAUCUCACCAUAGCUUUGUGUAUUUUCUUUCUCCGCCAGGCAGUGUUGUUCUGGCUUCCACCAGCCAUACUGAAACUUGCCACCUAUGCUUCUCAGUGCGAGUCCUGUCUGUCUGAAUCCUUGCAUCUUUUGGACGACUUUGGUCCCAGGGAGAGUGAAAAGUCCUUAGAGUUUAGUUUGGAAGAUAGUUUGGAAUUUGUGUAGUCAUCAGGGCCAGUCCAGAUGUAAAACUCCCUUUGAAAGAUGUCUUCAUAAACAUGGCUUUCUUUUCACUGCAUAUUUAAGUUUUGAAGUGCAAUUAACGUGUCACGAACUUGAGUUUUCAAAACUAUGUAAGAUAAUG